AGACAUGGAUGGUGGUGGGGACCAACGGAGCCUAUCAGGACAGCAGGAUGAAGAGGCCAUGUGCACUUCUGCGUCGGAGGGGCUUGAAGAGGGGGAGGUGGAAGGCGAGACACUGCUCAUCGUGGAGUCGGAGGACCAGGCAUCAGUCGACCUUUCCCACGACCAGAGCGGAGACUCGCUGAACAGUGACGUGGGUGACGAUGGAGAGAGCAGCUGGAAUGAGGACAUGUCUUUCUACUGUGACAAGUGUCACAAGUGGAUUCCCUCCGCACAGCUUAGAGGAGAGCAACCCAGUUACCUGAAAGGAGACAACUUCUUCAAAUUCACUUGCUAUGACUGUUCAGAAGACGGGAAGGAAACCUUUGAAAGAAUGAGACUUACCUGGCAGCAGGUUGUUAUGUUGGCCAUGUAUAACCUGUCUCUGGAGGGUACUGGACGGCAGGGCUACUUCAGAUGGAAAGAGGAUAUCUGUGCCUUUAUCAGCAGACACUGGACAUUCCUACUUGGAUCUAGGAAGAAGACUUCCACGUGGUGGAGCACAGUUGCUGGUUGUCUCUCUGUUGGGAGCCCUACUUUUUUCCGCUCAGGAGCACAGGAAUUUGGGGAGCCUGGUUGGUGGAAGCUUGUUCAAAAUCGUCCCCCAAGACUGCGUCCGGAGGGGGACAAGAAUUCUGUGGCUUCACUAAAGUCCAAAGCUUCCUCAAAGCCCUCAUUGGACCCCAUAAUCACAGUGGAGGGUCUGCGUAAGCGUGGGGCCAGGAACCCAGUCGAGAGUGCAAUGCAGCUCAAAGAGAAGCGCUCCCGUACGCAGGAAGCGAAAGAUAUCCGGCGGGCCCAGAAGGAGGCAGCCGGUUUCCUGGACCGGAGCACCUCCUCCACGCCCGUGAAGCUUGCCGGCCGCGGUCGCCGGCCGGACCUGGUGCUAGAGAAAGGCGAGGUCAUCGAUUUCUCCUCCCUCAGCUCGUCCGACCGAACCCCCCUCACCAGCCCCUCUCCUUCCCCUUCUCCGGACUUCUCUGCACCAGGCACUCCUGCCUCUCACUCAGCCACACCCAGCCUCUUGUCAGAGGCAGAUCUCAUACCUGAUGUCAUGCCCCCUCAGGCCCUGUUCCACGAUGAUGAAGAGCUGGAUGGAGAGGGUGUCAUUGACCCUGGUAUUGAGUAUAUCCCACCUCCCAGCAUGCCCCUGGCCACCGGCGCCCUGAUCAUGCGGAAGAAGCUCCGCCUGACUGAGCACAUAAAACAGGAAAUGGAGAGCGAGGACGAGGAUGCGGGAGUCAGAGACGGCGAGGAAGACGAAGAUGAGGCGGGUCCGCAGGGACAGGACGAAGGCUCGGCCGUCAUGAGCCGCGGGCGCGGCGGAGAACGGAAGAAAGGCCUCCAGGAGAAAGGGGAAGCCUCGUCGGCAGUCUCCGCGCCUCAGUACUCCUUUCUCAGCCUGUACGAGGAGAGGGUUCUGCUGAGACGUCUGGAGGCCUGCCCCCAAGCCUUGGCAGUCACCCCGCAGGCCAAGCGCCUACACAGAAAACUGCUGGUCAGACAGGCCAAGAGAGAGCGAGGCCUUCCCCUCCUGGACCUGGACCAGGCGGUCAGCGCUACUCUCAGCCUGGUGGGAGGGGUUUACGGGGCACAGGAGGUAGGACUUGCCAGCCUCGGGGGACCUGGAGCAGGGAAAUACCGCACCACCAGUCAGGACAUGCGCAUCCUCGACCGCUUCCAGACAGCAGUUUCCACGAGGAAAGGAUACUACCAGCCCACUGUGUCCUUCUGGCACAGGCUCAUGGGUUCAGAUGCCUAUCUGGACCAGGGCAUUAAGAGUCCAUAUACCUCCCGCAUACUCAAGCCUUUCAUCAGGAGAGACUAUGAGACCAAGCCUCUAAAGCUUAACCUGCUGGCAGAGAUCAAGGCGUACCCUCACAGAAACAACCCCAACUGGGUCCCUGAACCAGACGCCCCCAUCGACUACUGCUACGUCCGCCCCAACCACAUCCCAUCAGUCAAUUCCAUGUGCCAUGACAUCUUCUGGCCCGGUAUUGAUCUUUCUGAGUGUCUCCAGUAUCCGGACUUCAGUGUGGUGGUGCUGUAUAAGAAAGUGGUCAUUGGCUUCGGUUUCAUGGUGCCAGACGUGAAGUAUAACGAGGCGUAUAUCUCCUUUCUGCUGGUGCAUCCAGAGUGGAGGAGAGCAGGCAUUGCCACUUUCAUGAUAUACCACCUCAUUCAGACCUGUAUGGGGAAGGAUGUGACACUUCAUGUCUCAGCCAGCAACCCAGCCAUGCUCCUGUACCAGAAGUUUGGCUUUAAAACUGAGGAGUACAUCCUGGACUUCUAUGAUAAGUACUACCCCGUGGACAGCAAAGAGUGCCGACACGCUUUCUUCCUGCGGUUACGACGUUAAUGGCAGAGAUGGAACCGGGAGAAAAAUCAAAGACGUGUACCCCCCCCUGGAAACGACAUCCUCCCAGCUCACGCAGUAAAGCUUCAUGAAGUAAAACAUACUCGGUUGAGACUUGGACAGAAGGUGUACGUGUACGUCUGUGAUGUCAUCUGAAUGUACGUUUUGACUUCGUUGUGUGUGUGUGUGUCAUUAAUGAUGAGACGGAUUUUCAUAUAUCAAUGUGUCACAGGAGAUGUUACUCCAUACAGAGAUGUUGUAGGGCAUGAACCAAAGGGAAAGGUCAG